AUGCGUGAGGAGGACCUCAUCGUGAGUGGCACAAUAGACGCAGUGUUGUUAGAAAGAUACUGGGGUCCUUACAUAGACCCACGUUUAGCGCAGUUCUUGUCCAACUUCCUGUUCGGGUACGGCGCCCAGAAGGCUCAACAAUGUGACUUCCAAAGAUUCGCAGAGUUGUACGUCUACAAUAAUCGAGGCAGUCCAGAAGAACGUGUGACAACGAUCUACAACAGCUUAGGAAUGGAUUAUAACAGUAGUAGCGAGUUGCCUUAUCAACUACUUAGAGAGUACUGCGAAGCCUUAGCAUCAACCUACUUAAAAGUGUUGAAGAGUUCAACCUCAAAGCGUGCCCAGAAGUGGAUCAACAAAGGGUUCAGAGGCAAACCGUCACAUGUGCAGGCGCUAGGCGAGGCUGUGGCAGCUGCCGUGGGGGGUGACGUGGACCCACCUCCCAAUACAUGUAAUUCAGACCAAAUCUACAGAUGGAUUAAUACGAAUAUUCUACUGAAGCAAAUGACAGAAAUGGUGUUCGUCAAUUUGUACGGAGCACAGAAGAAAAUCGAAGAUAACACACCCCUUCACGCAGUGCCUUCUUUAUUACCAGUCCCAGAAGGUUUGGAGGCGAUGCCGGACUACCCAGCGUUCAUCGACCUUUCCCACAUUGUGUGGCUGAACGUUCACCUACCGAAGAAGCACCAGCACAAGUGGCGGUUCCUCUUCUCUUCGCAUAUACACGGAGAGUCAUUCUCUACCAUGGCUGGUCGCAUAAUAGAACAAGGCGCUACAGUAAUAAUCAUCCAAGACAACGCAGGCUACAUAUUCGGUGGUUACGCAGACCAGGCGUGGGCGUACGGGGCCACCUUCUAUGGAACUGAGUCUUCCUUCCUGUUCACCGUGGCUCCCAAGAUGAGGAUAUACCCCGCCACUACAUACAACAAUCACUACCAGUAUAUGAACAGUAACACCAAGACACUCCCCAAUGGUUUGCUGAUGGGUGGCCAGUUCAACUUUGGCGGUAUCUGGGUAAACGCGGACCCGUUCGGCGAGGGUUCGUCGGCGGAGUCCUGUAGCACUUACCGCGGGUACAAGCGCCUCAGCAAGGAGCCUACUUUCCACAUCCGCGCGUUAGAGGUGUGGGGGGUCGGAGACAAGCCUCUCAGCGUCAAGGAGUCGGAUGAACGUGAUGUGAGUGUGUUGGAUACUAACCCUGAAGCCAAAGCUAUCCUCGAAUUGGCUGGCCGCGUGCGACACAGCGAGGGGAUAAGGGAGCCACCGCCACUCUAA